GUUCAAAGCUCAAAAAGAAGCUUUGACAACAAUUCUCUUACUUUGAAUCAUUGUUAAGAGAAGAAAAACAAAAAUGAAACUUAUUCUUAUGCUUUUCAUGGUGCUUCUCCUUCUUCUUAUAUUGAGUUUCAUAUGUAUAUGGAUUUACCACAACAAUUAUUCAUCAAAAUCUAAAAGAAAAAAUGUUCAAAACAUAGAUUCAGAGAAAGGGAACACACCAACACAAAUUUUGAGUAAAUUCAGUUCCAUUGAGUUGGUUGGUAUGAAGAAAGGAAUUGUUCCAAUAAUUGAUUACAAACAAAUAGAAAAAUCAACCAAUAGUUUUGAGGAAAAUAACAUCUUGGGUGUUGGAGGUUUUGGUUGUGUUUACAAGGCACACUUUGAUGAAAAUUUGGAUGUUGCUGUCAAGAAACUACAUUGUCAAACUCAAAAUGCUGAGACAGAAUUUGAGAAUGAGGUGGAAUUGUUAAGUAAAAUUCAACAUCCAAAUGUAAUUUCUUUAUUGGGAUGUAGCAUUAAUGGAGACAUGAGGUUUAUUGUGUAUGAGUUAAUGCAAAAUGAAUCCUUGGAAGCUCAAUUACAUGGACCAUCUCAAGGCUCAAGAUUGACUUGGUAUAUGAGAAUGAAGAUUGCUCUUGACACAGCAAGAGGAUUAGAAUAUCUACAUGAGCAUUGUUACCCUCCAGUGAUUCAUAGAGAUAUGAAAUCUUCCAACAUUCUUUUAGAUGCAAACUUCAAUGCCAAGCUCUCUGAUUUUGGUCUAGCUAUAAUUGAUGGGUCCCAAAAGAAGAACAUGAAGCUUUCAGGAACAUUGGGGUACGUAGCCCCAGAAUAUCUUUUAGAUGGGAAAUUGACUGAUAAAAGUGAUGUGUAUGGUUAUGGGGUUGUGCUCCUGGAGCUCCUGUUAGGGAGGAAGCCUGUGGAAAAACUGGCACAAGCUCAGUGUCAAUCCCUUGUCACAUGGGCCAUGCCUCAGCUCACAGACAGAUCUAAACUUCCAAACAUUGUGGAUCCAAUGAUAAAGGAUACAAUGGAUCUCAAGCACUUAUACCAGGUUGCUGCAGUAGCUGUGCUGUGUGUGCAACCAGAACCAAGUUACCGGCCAUUAAUCAAAGAUGUUCUUCACUCACUUAUCCCUCUUGUUCCUGUUGAGCUCGGAGGAACACUCAGAGUGUCGCAGUUUAUUUCUCAAGACACUCCACUUGUGAGUUCUAGCCAGUGAUUGCAAUAGAGAAUCCAGCACAUGUUUUGUGAUCGUGAGGCAACACCAGUUAGUUUUACGAAAGAAACGAAAUUAAAGACAGAUUAGACUGUAAGCCACAUUGUUUGGGUCAUAGUCACAGGUAUAGCAACAAUAUAGAGUAUAGACAUAUCAACUCCAAGACUUUAGAUUGGUUUAAACGUACGGGGAGAGUAAGAAGACAUUUUGUAUUGUUUAUACCAAAAGUAAAAAAAUAGAUUAAUUUCAUUUUUUUGCUUAUCAAUUUGAUUGUUGGGGGUCACUAAAACCAUGAGAAUAUUAAUAACACAAGUGAAUAAGGGUAAUUCUGCAAGUGAAUUGUUCAAAAUAAGUUUUUUUAUUUGAUGAAAGGUUUUAUCAAAUUCAUUCAUUUAAGCAGAAAGUUAAAAAUGAAUUUCCGAUCAUUUAAUUUCAAUGACCAAACUGAAUUGAAAAAUUUCCAUGAACAAAAUGAAUUGAAAUAUUUCAUACUACUUUGAUAAAAACAACCUAUAUAGGUUCAACAUUAAAGGUUAAAAAUUGACCACAGAUUAGUGUAGCUUCUGGUUAUAACAAAAAACAGAUAAAUUUAAACUGACAUAACUUAAUUGGGUAACCAAAU